AUGGAUCAUCCGCCUUGCGUGUACAACCGAUCCUGUCGGAUCGUAAGCAUACCAUCCCAGGUACCGUUGCACUGGGCAAUACCACUCUACGGUUAUGUUAUGCCGGUGAUUGUCACUUUGACAUUGGCAACGAACUCCUUCAUUGUAAUAGUUUUAUCGCAUAAAUACCUUCGGACACCGACAAACUACGUACUACUGGCAAUGGCGGUGUCAGAGCUGUUGACGGGGCUGUGUGUGAUGCCAUGGUUUCUGUACUAUUUCACUCUGUCAGGUUUUGAAGCUGACCGAAAGUACGGAUUAUCAUCGUUCUGGUGCAACGCUUUACCGUAUAUGGCUGCUGUUCUGCCCUCAAUAUUUCACACAACAGCAAUUUGGUUGACCGUUUAUCUAGCCAUACAACGAUACAUUUAUAUUUGCGUUCCAACGUUAGUGCGACGAUUUUGUACAAUCCACCGUAGUAAGCAGGUGAUUUUCGCUAUCUGUAUAGCGUCAGUGCUCAUGUACAUUCCCGAUGUGCUCGCAUUCGAGAAUGAAUCUUUUGAUGUUAUGGACUAUAAGAAAAAUGCCACACGACGUAUGUGUUAUCGCAGUCAAACUUGGCUUCCAAAAGCGAUAGGACUGGAUUUGUUCUAUAAUUUAACUUUCUGUGCUCAAACGGUAUUUGUGCACCUGAUUCCAUGCGCUAUGCUUGUGGUUUUCACAUGGAAACUCGUCCGAGCGAUUCAAAUAGCCGACAAGCGGCAUGCCACUCUGCUCAACAAGUAA